AUGGGCAUCAUAGUGACACUGGGUGAUGCAUACUGCUUUUCUAAACUGUACAAGACAGGGGAGGCCAAAGAAGGCUGUACCCUGGAAGGAAAACUCUACCCCUUUGGUGAGAUUGCAAGGACAGAAAAUUGCUUCAGAUGCAACUGCAGCCCACAUGCAAUGCGUUGCUGCUCCCUCUUUCAUACUCCUAUUGAUUAUGACAAAGUGAACUGCAAAGUCAUUUUUAACAAGAAAAUCUGUGACUAUGAAGUGGUGCAGAAGAGUGACCCCUCAAAGGAGUGUGCUGUCUAUUCUCGUGUGGGCUAA